AUGUCCGAGGGAGCCAUUGGCACCGAACAGCUUGCUACUCCUCCGGUCGAAAAGCCAGCGGAAGCGACCGUUGAGAAGACUAGUGAGGAGAUUGCUUCCAAUGGAGAUGCAAAUCCGGGCAAGGAAGAACCUAAGAAGGUUGAUGCCAAUAGUAAUGAAAGCGUGGAGAAGUUAGAAGAAAAAGUUGAAGGUAAUAAUGAAGAAGAGAAGAACGAGACUAAGGAUGAACCAAAGGUAACAACGGAAGAUUAGAGUUAUAUUAUCGUUUUAGAAAAAGACUUUACCCAAAUGGAUGGUCCAGUCAGCCGAUGAUGCCAAUGAUGAGGUUGUGAAAGAGGAAGAAGCCAAAGCAGAAGCGGAUAAGGAUAAAGAAGAACCUGAACAGCCAUCUCCACCAAAGAAACGUGCUCGCAGGAAGGUUGAUCCUGUUGUUGCCGAGGUAUGCUGUCUUAUCGUAUUGGUUAACUUUUAUUUAGGCUGAAAAGAGCGCUGCACCACUCUCAGAAAGCCGUCCUCGUCGUUCUACUCGCUCAAAUAUUGACUACGCCAAUCCAGAUGCUUCUACGGUUAUUGCUGAGAUCGAUGAUGAAGAGCCCGGAGGAGCUGGCACUGGAAGAAGGGGCUCGCGUCGUGGUCGACCACCAGCGUCUGGAAUUGGAAAGGGAAGGGGCCGCAAACGGAAGUCUGAUGAUUCCGAUGCGGAGGAAGAAGACGACGAUGACGGCGAUGAUGACUACAAGGGGCAGAAGACAAAGCGAGGAUCUAAAUCUGCACCUACUGGAAGACGAGGCAGACCUCCAACCAACAAAAAAACGCCCGCGAAGAGAGGAAGAAAAGCGAAGAAUGCCAAGGAAUCGGACGAUGAUGACGAAGAGAUUGAACUUGACGAUCAUGAAAGCGAGAAAGAAAAGAGCGGAGAUGAAGCAGAGGGAGCCGAAGGCGAAGGUAAUUAUUUUUUUAGUUAUUUUUUACAUUUUUUUAUGUUUGAAUAUUCCAGUAACAGUUAAUGAAGAAGUUAUUUUAGAAAAGAUUGCUUCGCCGCCCAAACGUGGUCGUGGUCGAAAGCCAGUAACCCCAAAAACUGAUACUCCUGCAAAACGUCGAGGCCGACCUCCACGUAAUGCAGUCAAAUCUACCGAAGAAGAGAAGCAAGGUGCCCCAACCGCCGAUGAAGAGACCCCUGUGGAGAAAGCGUCAGAAGAAGCACCGGCUACUGACAACGGAGGUGAGUCAGAAGUUGUGGCCGAAGCCCCCGAUCCCCAAUCAACGGAAGCCUCUGCCUAA